GGAAGAAGAAGAGGGGACGAGACGUGAGAGGAGGAGGGACCAGGAACAUGGUGGAACUAUCAUGGCGGGAUGCAUGAAAAUGAUGAAAGGUUAUGUCCCACCAAGUCUUAAAUUAAUAGUUUUCACGGUCCUCCUUAUCCAUUUACCUCAGCCUUCGCACCAGAAUACGGGUAACACUCAUCCAAUUAUCAAUCUGCGGGAUGGAGAGGAGCACGUCAGGUCAGGUUCCAACCGCUUCUGUUACAAAAACUCCGUCUUGCCGACCUGGAGGCAAACUUGGACAAGAAUUCAGGUCAAAGUGUGGAGCUCAAAGGUGUUUAAGUUGGAAACUGUGGAAGGUGAGGAGGAGCUGCAGGAGCUCGACCGCUUCAGUUUCUGGGGCUGGUUUCAGGGCUUGUUACGUGAGAAGCACAACGAGACCACAAUCAACAUCAACCUGUUCAGCAAGAAGACGUGCUUCAAAGUCGAUCCCAUCGAAACAGCUCAAUACACAGUCAAGCCCCUUCGGAGGUUUGAUAUCUAUCUGUUUUUGGUGUUCCUCGCUGGAGCGCUGUUGUUCGUGUUUGCAGACUCGCUCAGCAGGAGUCAAGUGUUCUUCUACUCUGCCGGCAUGAGCACAGGCAUGAUUGCCUCUCUCAUCAUCCUCUUUUUCAUCCUAGCACGUCUUUUGCCUAAGAAAAGCCCCUUUUAUGUGUUGAUUGUUGGCGGCUGGUCGUUCUCUGUGUACGCAAUCCAGCUCGUCUUCAGGAACCUCAGCGUAAUUCUGCGAGAGCAUUGGCACUUGGCAUUAGGUUACGUAGUGCUGGUGGGAUUCAUCAGUUUUGCCGUGUGCUACCGUUACGGCCCUCUGGUCGAUAAGAAGAGCAUCAACAUCCUGUCGUGGACGCUGCAGCUGUGCGGUCUGCUCCUGGUUUAUUUAGGGAUUCAAAUUCAGCAAGUCGCCUUCGCCAUCAUCGUGGCAGCUUUGUUUUCCAAGAAUCUGGAAUAUCCAAUCCUCCUGGCAAUCGCAGCAUGGAGGAAAAUGAGACGGUUUGUCCACUGGAAGCCGGAGCCACGUCGCCUGCUCACUGAGGAGGAGUAUCAGAAAGAGGGGGAGGUAGAGACUCGACGGGCUCUGGAGGAACUACGCAAAUACUGCGGCAGCCCAGAGUUCAGCCCGUGGAAGGCAGUGUCCAGGCUCCAGUCACCAAAAAGGUUUGCUGAUUUUAUUGAAGGAUCCUCUCACUUGAUGCCAAACGAGGUGUCCGUCCACUCGCAGGAGUACGGCUUUGGAGGAUCUUUUUUUGAGGAUGAGUUUUUCGACACAGACGACGAGGAAGACGACAUGAAGCCCACGGCGAGAACAGAACGAUUCGACACAGUGCUGGACACGUUUAGAUCAUGAACGGUUUUUAUUGCCGUUCAGAGAGAUGGUUGGAGAACAGCUCUCCAUGGCCGUCCAGACUGACAGGUUUCUAGCUGACGAUGCGUCAAUAAAACUAAAUUCCAGGGAAUUCCUUUUGGGGAAACGAAAUCAAAGGCACAAUAGUCAGAUUUAUUUUUACAAUACAAAAAAAAAAGUGCAAAGUAACCUACUGACAAAAAAUAUGCACUACAGCCAGGUCUCUUUUUUCGUUUAAGGAACAAAGACGAUAAAAUUCAUUUGGUUACUGCGUGUUUUGUUGCCUUCAGUUAUAGCUUAGAAAGGCUUUUAAUUUUCAGAGCAACCUGUUUACAGCCUCCGUAGGCUCCAAGCAGACUCACUGCAGCGCACUGCAAUGAGCAUCCACGUUGUGUUUGUACGUCACUGUGAAAAGUUCUCACCUCUGAAUUGUACAGCACUGAUGAACAGUGGCGGUUUCCAUUGUAGUUUUCUGCUCGGGAAAGAAGAGUCAUGUUUGUAUUUUACUUAGUUCCUUUUAUUUGGAUGGAAUACAUCGGUGAAAGUAUCCCAAAGAAUUUUGAAUAAAAUAUAUAUGUUUGAGCUCUAGGGAAGCUUGUGUUGGUGUCGUUGUGUAAGAUUACAAGGACCGACAGGUGGCAUGUCGAUGGUUAUAAUUCAACACUUUUACUCCAAAAAUCUGACAUUUAUUUAUUUAUUUUUGUAAGGGGCGACUAUGGCUGUUAAUAAUACACCACAUUAAGAUGUGGAUAUGGGCAAUUUUUACUCUACUAUAACUUUGUUUCCUAAUGCAGAAGGAGAUGAGUUAAUGCACGUUCAGUUCAACUCUUUGAUUAUUCCAAAAACUUGUACGGUGGUUUUUCUGUUUAUUUCUGAUUUUAAGUGACAAUAGUAAGUGGACACUCGGUGAAAAUGGAUUCUAGGCGUCAGACAAUCCUCUACCUCGGUCUGGAUGGUUCAUCACUCCUCUGGUGGUCAGAUUAGGUGAAUGAUAAGUCUGAGUUUAAAUGUGGCAACGAGCCUUGAAGAUAACCCCCGUCCUUGGAGACCGCUCACAACACGACAACAAAAAAGGGGAUCUUCUGCCCUAAAGAGAUGAUUAUGUUAGAUAAAAAUAAAUGUGCUAAGUUUGUUUAACAUUUAUAUCAUAAAUUGAACAACAGAAAAAUAUAUGACCAAUUUGAAAAAAUGCGAUGUACUGUUAUCAAUUAAACUGUUUGGACAUGUGACUGUGGCCGACAGCUGUGAAUUUGUAAAACUGCCACCAAUAAAUAUUUUUUUAUUAUGACA